GGUAUCGUAGACUUGCUGAGCACCGACAUAUUGUUCAGAGCCCCUCUGCCGCGCUCACGAAUCGUCUCUCUGUUAUCGUCUGACCCGAAUUAUCCCCUGUUUCACACGGGAACGUGUCUGUCGUCGAUGUGGUGAUCCAACGAAACCAUGACUACAGACGACACACAGAGUCACCAGAACAAGCCAAGUCAGCAGGAACGUGGAGUCCAAAAUGCUAGUCUGUCUUCCCCGGAGGAAAAUGAACUCUGUCCACACAACAGCAACUCCACUGGCCGAGGCUUGUCCCGCCUUCUUUCCGCCUUCCUGAAACGACGAUCACAAUGUGAAUGCAAUGCUGCAGACAAUUUUUUGAAGAAUGGAGAGGAAGAUGCUAAGGCUCCCAUUGCUGACCUUGAUCCAGAUCUGAACGCAGAAGGAGAAGUAGCGCUUGACUGGCAUUCAGUCCAUGGUGGAGAUGCAAAGCCUUUAAAAGAAGACAUGCAAGAUGUGGAACAGUUGGAGAAGAGAACAGAGAACGAUGUAGAGAGGACUAAACCUGAAGAAUUUGAGAAGAAAGAUGUGGAAAAGAAGCAAGAGGAGAAAGUGGACACACCAGAUGCUACCAAGGGAGAAAAGGGAGAAGAAAUGAUGGAUGGCAAAACUCCCACUGCUCCACGUCGACCCAAAACAGUGCAGAUCAAAGUGACACUGCUGGACAACACUCUGUAUGAGUGUGAGCUGGAAAAACAUGCCAAAGGACAGGAGCUGUUUUUGAAGGUUUGUGACCAUCUCAAUCUGUUGGAAAAUGAUUAUUAUGGUCUAGUCUACUGGGAGUCAUCCAGCAUAAUGACUUGGAUGGAUGUGACCAAGGAAAUCCGCAGACAGGUGCAGGGAGCCAACUACAAUUUCACCUUUAAAGUCAAAUUUUAUCCCCCUGACCCAGCACAGCUAUCUGAAGACAUUACUAGGUACUACUUAUGUCUGCAACUGCGUAAGGACAUCCUGCAAAGCCGAUUGCCCUGCUCCUUUGCCACUUUGGCCUUGUUGGGAUCCUAUGCUCUGCAGUCUGAAGUGGGAGAGUAUGACCCUGAGGUUCAUGGGCCAGAAUAUGCUAGAGAGCUCAAAAUGGCUCCCGGUCCGACGAAGGAGCUGGAGGAAAAAAUGAUUGAACUGCACCGCACAUACAGGUCUAUGAGUCCUGCCCAGGCUGACCUGAUGUUCUUGGAGAACGCAAAGAAGCUGUCAAUGUAUGGAGUGGACUUGCAUCAAGCCAAGGAUCUGGAUGGUGUGGAAAUCAUGCUGGGUGUCUGCUCCAGUGGACUUAUGGUGUACAAAGAUAAACUGCGGAUCAACCGAUUCCCUUGGCCAAAAGUCCUCAAAGUGUCAUACAAAAGGAGCGGCUUCUUUAUCAAAAUACGACCCUCACAGGUGGAAGAGUACGAAUGUGCGAUUGGAUUCAAACUCCCAAAUUAUAAAGCAGCCAAGAAGCUGUGGAAAGUGUGUGUGGAGCAUCAUACAUUCUUCAGACUGAAUUCCACAGAGAUAGCAACCACUCCCCGGAGAUUCUUGGCUUUGGGCUCAAAGUUUCGCUAUAGUGGACGAACCCAAACUCAGACCCGACAGGCGAGUUCUCUGAUUGACAGACCUGCACCAAUGUUUCACCGUACUUCCGCCAAGAGAGACUCAAACAGCCUUGAUGGAGAUAUGAUUUCAACUCCAGACAACAAAUCCAGUCGCCCCGUUAGUGCCCCGCUUAUAUCACCGGUGUCUCCAGUUGAUAUGACUCCACCUGCUUUACUAAGGAGUCUUCUACGUCCUCGCCAACAUGACCUCACUGCAACGAAACGUCUGUCUUCAAGCAACAUAAGGAACGAGUCAAAAGAAGAGAGACGGCCAAUCCUGUCACCCAAAAAGCAUAGCCCACAACUAUCAUCCACUCCAGAUAUGAGGACACAGGUCAGGAAAGAAAGCAGGCACACUCCCCUCACCAGCACCAACAAGGGUGAACGUGAGAAAAAAGACAAGAACAAAGCUAGCAAACUUGAAGGAGAAACUAUUUAUAUCAGACAUAGCAAUUUAAUGUUGGAGGACAUGGACAAGACCCAGACGGAGAUCUUGCGUCACCACACCAGCAUCAGUGAGCUUAAGAGGAGCUUUAUGGAAUCAUUACCUGAACCUCAACCCAAUGAGUGGGAUAAACGUCUUUCCACCAGCUCACCAUUCCGCACAGCUAACAUCAAUGGUCAGCUGCAGCAAGUGUCUCCUGCUCUGAAGACCCAGAGAAUCACCAUCUCAGACAUCACCAACUCUUUGAGGGGGACGGUUGCAUCCAAAGAAGCACCCUUACUUCACACUGAAACCAAGACCAUCACUUACGAGUCUGCACAGCCUAUCGACAACCAAGAAGACAAGGAAUCCGGAGUGCUCUGUGCACAAACAAUCACCUCUGAGACCAUCAGCACCACCACCACCACUCAAAUCACAAAGACAGUGAAAGGGGGAAUCUCGGAGACCCGAAUUGAGAAAAGAAUCAUCAUUACUGGAGACACUGAGAUUGAUCAUGACAAGGCUUUGGCACAAGCAAUUAAAGAGGCCAAAGAGCAGCAUCCUGACAUGUCUGUCACCAAAGUUGUUGUGCACCAGGAAACGGAAAUUUCUCCAGAGUAAGAUCUUUGGAAGACAAUUAUUCUCCCUCUGACAUCAUGAACUACAUGACUCCAGGUUAACUCCAGGUGCCAGAAUUAUUAGCUACGGUAACUGGUGAAAAAAAGAAUUGGACAGAUGAAACUUCAUUCAUUUCCUACAUUUUGUCUCUUGCUUUUUUUUGUUUUGUUUUAAAAUAUUUUUAUUUAUUUACUUGUAAACGUAGAGACAACUACCCGUGAGAUGUACUUGUGCUUGUACAUGUUAAUGUUACACUUAUGGUUUUCCUCCCAGCGUACCAAGUUUUUUUCUUGCAUCAGCCAAGGGGCAUAUGUUUUUUGACGCUGUAAGUUUGAGUGUCUCUCCGUGUACAGAAUAAUUUGAAAAGUUUUGAAUGGAUUUCCAUAAAAUAUUUAGGAAAUGAGUGAAAUGGCACAAGGAACACAGGACACAAGUCAUACACACUCCUUGUGAGUAUCGAGUGGUCAAGGGAUUUUUUUAGAAUUCAGCACUCUUUCUGCCAUUGUCUGGGUUCAAUUCCUGCUUUGGGAAUUUAGUUUAAUUUCUUUAAGCAGUUCGUUGUUGGUGGAUGUGUGUGCACUCUGAGUGAUAUUCUAUCAUGCUAAUGUUCUUGUGUUUUUUAGACACAACUUAGUGUGUAUUUUUUGUUGCAUUGAAUACUCAUUUCACCUUUCAGAGUUGUAUUUUGUUUGUUUGUUUGUUGUAUAUAUAUAUAUAUAUAUAUAUAUAUAUAUAUAUAUAUAUAUAUGUAUGUAUGUAUAUGUAUACACACACACACAUUCCCGGGUAUUUAUGUUUAUAUACUUGAAGUGUCUGUUUUCUAUGAGUUUGGAUGUUGUGAGGCAACAAACUGAAUACCAUAAUAGGUGAAAAAGAUCACUUUUUAGACAAUUUUUAUUCUGUUUUUUUUUUUUUUUUUUUU